AUUAGUGCAGAGACAAACAUGGCCUUAUAAUGUAACAGGAACAUCAAACUCAAUCUUAAUACAUUGCACUCACUGUUCGUAGUUGGUGGCAGCAAGCUUCUUCUCUAUGGCGAUGCCUUUCCAAAACGCAGCGUUUUGAGCGACGCGGCAAUGGCAAUGGCUCUGUCAUACUCUUUGCCGUUGCUUCUUUUCUCUCUGUGGACGGUGGUGUUAACCGAAACGGACCCGAACGAUGUGGGGAUUCUGAACAGUUUUCGAAGUGGUCUGAAGAACAAAGAGCUCUUACCGUGGCCGGAAGAAGGAGGAGACCCGUGUGGGAAUCCGCCAUGGAAGUACAUCUUCUGCAAUGGCAACAGAGUUUCUCAGAUUCAGACCAAGGACUUGGGUCUGGUGGGCCCGCUACCCUCCGACUUCAACAAGCUUUCCAUGUUGGAGAAUCUGGGUCUGCAGAACAACAACCUCACCGGGCCCCUACCCUCCUUCAAUGGCUUGUCAAACUUGAAGUACGCAUUUCUCAACCGCAAUGGGUUUGAAUCCAUUCCCGGAGAUUUUUUCCGGGGGCUUCGAAGUCUGCAGGUGUUGGCUUUGGAUUACAAUAAUCUCAAUGCCUCUUCUGGUGGCUGGGUGCUUCCUCAAACUUUGGAAGAUUCGGCGCAGUUGAGGAACUUUUCUUGCAUGAGCUGCAACUUGGUGGGUCCCAUUCCUGCGUUUCUCGGCUCUUUGGCGUCGCUGGAGGUGCUGCAGCUCUCCGGGAACAGCUUGACCGGGGAGAUUCCGGCGGCGCUGAACGCCGUUCCGGCGUUGCAGAUUCUCUGGCUGAACAACCAGCGUGGCGACGGACUUACAGGGAAAAUUGAAGUUGUUGCGAGCAUGAUUUCGUUGACGAGUUUGUGGCUUCACGGGAAUAAGUUUAGCGGGAGUAUUCCGAUGAACAUUGGGGAUUUGGUCUCGCUGAGGGAUUUGGAUCUUAAUGGGAAUGAGUUUGUUGGGUUGAUUCCGCGUGGUUUGAGUGGGAUGAAGUUGGAGCGGUUGGAUUUGAAUAAUAACCACUUCAUGGGUCCGAUCCCUGAUUUUGCAGCGGAUAAAGUGAGUUUUGAAAGCAAUAAUUUUUGCUUGUCGAAGCCUGGGGCUAUGUGUGCGUUUGAGGUGAUGGCGCUGUUGGAUUUUCUUGGGGGGUUGGGUUACCCUCAGAUUUUGGUUGAUUCGUGGAGUGGCAAUAAUCCGUGUGAUGGGCCAUGGCUGGGGAUAAAGUGCAAUGGGGAUGGAAAGGUGGAAAUGAUUAUUCUGAAUAACUUUAAUCUUAGUGGUACUUUGAGUCCUUCUAUUGCCAAGUUAGAUUCUCUUGUUGGAAUAAGAUUGGGAGGUAACGAUAUCAGUGGUAGGAUACCCAGUAAUUGGACUAGUUUGAGAUCAUUGACGUUGUUGGAUCUGAGUGGUAAUAACAUUUCCCUUCCCUUGCCGAGUUUCGCGAAAGGGGUGAAGCUUGUGAUUGAUGGGAAUCCUCAGUUACAUGGUGCCCCAGCACCAGGUUCUGUUUCUGGUUCUAGUCCUGGUUCUGGUUCUGGUGAGGUUGAACCUCCUUCAUCUGAUAAGCAUAAUCCUAAUCCAUCUAAAGACACUGGUCCCAAUCCAAAGUCUGGCAGUGUCUCUCCUGAGUCAAAUAAUUCCAGAAGGAAAGGCUUGGUUACGAUUGUGGCUCCUAUCGCAGGUGUUGCUGCUGCGGCUUUUGUUCUCAUUCCGCUUUCUGUGUAUUGUUUCAGGAAGAGAAAGGGUGUCUCUGAGAAAGCAGGGUCUCUGGUGAUUCACCCCAGAGAAUCUUCUGAUUCGAACAAUUUGCUGAAGGUUGUAAUUGCUAACGACGGCAAUGGGAGUGUUUCCACAGUGACUGGCUCUGGGACUCUAAAUGGAAGUGCGGAUUCUCAUGUCAUUGAAUCUGGGAACCUUGUGAUAUCGGUUCAGGUUCUUCGAAACGUGACCAAGAAUUUUGCACGGGAGAAUGAGCUUGGACGCGGUGGAUUUGGAGUAGUUUACAAGGGAGAAUUGGAUGAUGGAACUAAGAUUGCGGUGAAACGAAUGGAAUCGGGUGUUAUUACCAGCAAGGCCUUGGAUGAGUUCCAGUCUGAGAUUGCAGUUCUAUCGAAAGUCAGACACCGGCAUUUGGUAUCUCUUUUGGGUUAUUCGGUUGAAGGUAAUGAGAGGAUUCUGGUUUAUGAGUACAUGCCACAAGGGGCUCUCAGUAUGCAUCUGUUCCAUUGGAAGAGCUCGCAACUGGAGCCACUCUCUUGGAAGAGGAGGCUCAAUAUUGCCUUGGAUGUUGCUAGAGGAAUGGAGUAUCUUCAUAGCCUGGCACACCAGAUCUUCAUUCACAGAGAUCUUAAAUCAUCAAAUAUUUUGCUUGGGGAUGACUUUAGAGCAAAAGUCUCAGAUUUUGGAUUGGUGAAACUUGCCCCUGAUGGCAAAAAAUCUGUAGUGACCAGGCUUGCUGGUACAUUUGGAUACUUGGCACCAGAAUAUGCAGUGACAGGAAAAGUCACCACCAAAGCAGAUGUUUUCAGUUUCGGCGUUGUGCUAAUGGAGCUGGUAACUGGAUUAAUGGCACUUGAUGAGGAUAGACCCGAGGAAAGCCAGUACUUGGCAUCGUGGUUCUGGCAUGUGAAAUCAGACAAGGAGAAACUAAUGGCUGCUGUCGACCCUGCCCUUGACAUAAAGGAAGAAAUGUUCGAUAUUGUCUCCAUCGUUGCGGAGUUAGCUGGGCACUGCACUGCCAGAGAACCAAACCAAAGGCCAGAUAUGAGUCAUGUUGUGAAUGUUCUUGGACCGCUUGUUGAGAAAUGGAAACCAUUCGAUGAUGAGACUGAGGAGUAUUCUGGCAUCGACUAUAGUCUUCCCCUCAACCAAAUGGUGAAGGAUUGGCAAGAGACAGAAGGGAAGGAAUUGAGCUAUGUGGAUCUUCAAGACAGUAAGAGCAGUAUCCCUGCAAGACCUACUGGGUUUGCAGAGUCUUUCACUUCUGUUGAUGGCCGCUGAAACAAGUUGUUUGUUGAUUUCUUCAAUGCACCUUUCGAAACCUUAACAUUGCAGAAAACUGUAGACAAAUGUGUUUGCAUUGUGAUGGUUUUGGAGAUCAUGUUAGUCUUGAUGAUGCAGCUACAGUUAUGGUUUUAUACUCAAAACCUUGCUCCUAGUUGUUCCUUUUCUUCACUCUCAGUGUCACUUCUUUUACUGUAAGUGGUGUAGUGGUGGAUUUAAGAGUUUUCAUGUGUAUGCUUUGUAUUUUCAACUCUGAUAUUUAAGAUUCAAUGGUUGUAGAUAAUGAACCACAAUCAAUGAGAGAGCCUGCUAUUUGUUCAUUGAUUACUGUUUCUGCUAUAUUGGACAUGUAAAUCAGUUUAAAGAGCAUUGUACCAAAA